CGGAGAAAAAGAAAAAGGAAUUAAAGGCACCUUUUGGAAGAGGGAGAUGAUUAAACACGGAGCUACCAGGCGAAUUAUCAGCAUUAUUGGGAGUGUGGAUUCUUGAUUAUUUUACUGACAUCUGUGUCUAAAAUCCUUUUUACUGGAUAACGAAUUUGAUACUACCUUUUCAUCAACGGGAGAAUGUCGGACAGGACAAUGACACGGCAAGUAAGCCUCGUGUUGUUUAUCUCGGUUGUUUCUCUCAGCUCGGUUUUUGGGCAGGUCAGCUAUUCCAUUCCAGAGGAGAUGGCGAAAGGAUCUUUGGUCGGUAACAUAGCUCAGGAUUUAGGUUUAGAUGUAAAACGGCUGAAAUCAGGGAAAGCUCGCAUAUAUACCGGAGAAAGUACGGAAUACAUCGAGCUAAAUAAAGAAAGGGGAGUCCUUGUAAUCAAAGAGCGGAUAGACAGAGAAGCGCUCUGCGGACAGACGACGCCCUGCGCUCUUGAUUUUCAAAUAAUAUUGGAGAAUCCUAUGCAAUUUUACAGCAUAACUGUCGAGAUCACCGACAUUAACGAUAACGCACCCGGUUUUAAAAACAGUGAAAUGCAAUUUGACAUAAGUGAAACGGCUCAAAUUGGAUCGAAAUUUGUUUUAGAAAAGGCAUCUGAUGACGAUGUAGGUAUUAAUGGUCUACAGGGUUAUUCGCUGAGUUCCAGUGACACAUUCACUUUAAACCCUUAUAAAAUUGGCAGCAGUAGGAAUGUUGAGAUGGUUUUAAAGAAACAUCUUGACCGAGAGAAACAGGAGCUGUUGUCUUUAGUACUGACUUCUUUUGAUGGUGGCGACCCGCAGCUCUCUGGGACCAUAUUGAUUGUCAUAAAUGUAUUGGACGCGAACGAUAAUGCACCUGUUUGUACUCAAACAGAGUACAAGACAAAUGUAAAAGAACAUUCCUUGAAAGGAGCUGUUCUUACUACGGUGAGCGCAUCUGAUGCAGAUAUAGGCCCACACGGGCAUAUACAAUAUUCGAUUUCUAAUGUUCCAAAGGGGGCAUUAGGCUUAUUCGAUGUAGAUAAAGACAGCGGGGUGUUCACGUUAGUGGGAACACUUGAUUAUGAGAAAUUUCGGCAUUAUGAGAUAGAUGUUCAAGCAUCAGAUGAAGGUGGUAACUCAGACGUAUGUAAAGUUGUAAUUGAGGUGUUGGACACAAACGAUAAUCCACCAGUUAUCAAUAUUAUGUCAGCGUCAUCCAGUAUAUCUGAGGAUGUUAAGCCAGGCACGGUUCUGACAAUGAUGAACGUUCAGGAUCCAGAUUCAGAUGAAAAUGGCAAGGUCCACUGCGUUUUAAAUGAAAAUAUUAAUUUUGCAAUCACUUCAUCGUCAAAUAAUUUCUUUACAUUAGUGACAGAAGGUGAAUUAGACAGAGAGACAGUCUCUGAGUAUAAUAUAACAGUGACCUGCUCUGAUGAGGGAGUGCCCUCCCUCUCCAGCAGCGUCACUCUCACCUUACAGAUCUCUGAUGUGAAUGACAACGCGCCUGUCUUUGAGAGGAGCUCAUAUGAGGCCUACAUUGUAGAAAACAACACACCAGGCCUCUCUAUAUUCACAGUGAAAGCCAGAGACGCUGACUGGAACCAGAAUGCGCGUGUUUCUUACAUACUGGAGGACUCCUCUGUUAACGGAGUGCCAGUCUCCUCAUAUGUGUCCGUUAGUGCUGAUAGUGGAGUCAUCCAUGCAGUGCGCUCUUUUGACUACGAGCAGAUCAAAGACUUCCAGUUCCGCGUCAAAGCGCAGGAUGGAGGCUCCCCUCCACUCAGUAGCAACGUGACUGUGAUAAUAAUGAUCCAGGACCAGAACGACAAUCCACCUCAGGUUCUGUACCCAGUCCAGACUGGUGGCUCUCUGGUGGCUGAAAUGGUGCCUCGUUCAGCAGAUGUGGGCUAUCUGGUCACUAAAGUGGUGGCUGUUGAUGUGGACUCUGGACAGAAUGCCUGGCUCUCCUAUAAACUGCAGAAAGCCACAGACAGGGCGCUGUUUGAAGUGGGCUUACAGAAUGGAGAAAUAAGAACUAUCCGCCAAGUGACUGAUAAAGAUGCUGUGAAACAAAGACUGACUGUUAUAGUGGAGGACAACGGGCAGCCCUCUCGUUCAGCUACAGUCAUUGUUAACGUGGCGGUGGCGGACAGCUUCCCUGAAGUGCUGUCGGAGUUCACUGACUUUACUCACGACAAGGAGUACAAUGACAACCUGACUUUUUACUUAGUGCUGGCUUUGGCUGUAGUUUCCUUCCUCUUCAUCACGUGUUUAGUGGUUAUUAUAUCAGUGAAAAUCUACAGAUGGAGACAGUCUCGCGUCCUGUAUCACUCCAAUCUCCCUGUGAUUCCGUAUUAUCCACCACGUUACUCAGACACUUUGGGGACAGGGACUCUCCAGCACGUGUACAACUACGAGGUGUGCAGGACGACUGACUCCAGAAAGAGUGACUGUAAGUUCGGCAGAGCUGGUAGUCAGAACGUGCUGAUAAUGGACCCCAGUUCUACAGGGACGAUGCAGCGGAUACAGAGUGAAACGAGCAUCUGGAUGAACCAGACUCUCCUCUAG